UUGUCAUGUUUCCGUGCAAACAAGGCAGCACAUUGUGUGUUUAAACUACAUUUCCCAGCAUGCCUCAGCCCAGCUUCCGUAAAUACAGCCUGCAGCAUUCCAGAAUGAGCUUCUCCCAAACCAGUCCUGCAGCAUCUUCCGUCUCCUUGCUCCAAAAAUCCAUUUAGCAGCCGGCUGAAUAAAUAGUAACGCCGGAGGCUGGACACUAUCCUGCACUAUAUUUGCUCUUUAUGGUGCAAAAAGCCAUUGACUGUUCCUGCUGGACUGUGACCGCUCAGUUGCGCUUGGUCUUUAACAUAUUCGGAUCAACGGUCGCUGAGUGUAAUUUGUUCACAGGGGCUGUGCUAGGACCAUGCCACUGGAUCCUGACAAGCCCAGUACUGGCGAGGGAUCGCCCGGUGAUUCCAACAGAGAGAGAAGCGCAGAGGAAUCUGUAAGAACGAGAAUUCGGCAGGGCACCCCCAGCCCUCACAGAGGAAACACUCCCCAGGCAAGUCCACCCCGAUUUGUUUCUUUGGAAGAACUGAUGGAGGCUACAAAAGGAGUCACCAACAUGGCUCUGGCCCACGAGAUUGUGCUCAACGGAGGCUUCCAGAUCAAACCCAAGGAACCCCCGGAGGGAAGCCUGGAGAAGCAUGUGCGGGAUAUUGUCCACAAAGCAUUCUGGGAUUGCUUCGAAGCGCAGUUCCGAGAAGACCCUCCAGUGUAUGACCAUGCCAUUAUACUACUGGGCGAGAUUAAAGAGACAUUUUUUUCCUUCCUUCUUCCUGGCCACACUCGGCUAAGGAACCAAAUCAAUGAGGUUCUAGACUUGGAGCUCAUCAAGCAAGAAGCAGAGAAUGGCGCUCUGAACAUCCCUAAGCUGGCUGACUUUAUCAUUGGGAUGAUGGGGACGUUGUGUGCGCCGGCCAGGGAUGAAGAGAUCAGAAAGCUCAGGCAUAUUAAAGAGCCCAUAGAGUUAUUCAGAUCGAUCUUUUCGGUUCUGGAUCUGAUGAAGCUGGACAUGGCUAACUUCACCAUCAGUAGCGUCCGGCCGCACUUGAUGCAGCAGUCGGUGGAGUACGAAAGGAAAAAAUUCCAGGACUUCUUUGAAAAACAACAAGAUUCACUUGAGAUUGUCAGUGAGUGGCUGCAGGAGGUCGCCUAUACCCUUGCUCCGUCACGGCCUGAAGACGUAGGCCCAGUAGCUACAGAAGCAGCGGAUAGAACACCGUGUCCUGUGAUUGUAUUGAACCAGGCCUAUGUGAAACUGCUCUCAUGGGAUCAUAGCCACAAACUGUUCCCGGAGACUCUCUUAAUGGACCAAAUUCGUUUCCAAGAAAUGCAGAUGGAGCUUGCUCAGCUUACUCUUCUGGGUACCCUGCUCUCAAUAACCCACAAUUCUGCUGGCCCUACCCUUUCUGGGAACCACGAAUUCCAGGACAGAAUAAAGAAUGUUAUUAGAGUGCUGUUACUGGAUGUGGGUUCCGUACCCAUCAAUACAAAUGACGUUUUGGUGACUGUGAGUGAGAAGAUUUGCUUUGAGCUGAAAAGUUCACUCGCUCAACAUGGGUUCACCCCAUUCUCAGCAGAGAGGGAGGCGGCACUUAAAGGGCAGAUCCAGACUGCGGGAAGCCCCUCCAAUCAGGUUUACCGGUUAAUAGACAACAGAAUACAGACCUUUCUGCUAAACUCCCUGGGCCCCAGCAGCCUCCGGUCUCUCCCAGCCUUGCCAAAUGGACUGGGCCCCAUUCAGAAAGAACUCGAGGAGAUUGCCGUGAAAUUUGUCCGCCUCGUCAACUACAACAAAAUGGUGUUCAGUCCAUAUUAUGACUCAGUCCUAAGCAAAAUACUGAAUAAGGAAGGAUCCCGCGCCUGAGCUUGGAACGAUUAAAUAUUAGGAGAAACCGGAGGAAAUGGCAGUAUCCUAAAGCCAACAUAUUAAGCAGAACACCAGUAUGUAUUUCAUAGGAAUAUUAUACCCGGCUCUUUGCCUAAAUAUUGCAACAUCCAGCUAAAGGGGCAUAUUUAUAAUAUGAAAUAUAACCAACAUACAACUUCAUGUAAACAAGCCCACAGUGCUCUUUGGAGCAGUUUUUACACUGCUACUAUUAUGAAUAUGUUACAGGAGCGCCCUCAGGCAGGGUACUGAUGUUGGAAGCAUCUUUUGAAGCUUUUCUGCUCAGUUCUCUCUAUAAGUGAUCCCCAACCAGUAGCUUGCGAGUAACAUGUUCAGUGUCGGA